GCGGAUUGUUUCUGCGCUUGGCUUCAGUGUCACACGCUCUGCGAUAUCGCUCCCUUUCGCUGUCCUCAGGGCCCAAAGUUGCUGGCCAGUGAUUUUGUGCAGAGACAUUGUGUGUCAAUAAUGUGUCGAAUCCAGUGAGAGUCGACUUGGAGCCGGACCUCAUUGACAUUGUGCAGUGAUUUUGAAUGGUGAAAUGAUACAGAGAGGAUAUCAGUGGUCAUUGAAGAAUGUGGCUACCCUUCCUGCCUCUCGCGCUCAUACCUGCAUCUCAAGAAUUUCUUUGUGUCUCACAUUCCGUGCUGCUGAACAAGUAAACUAAUAACACCACACACCAGAGGUGGAUGGCAGCAUAAAGAAAUCCAAUGCUGUGCCAACUAUUGUGUGUUAGUUUCCUAAGCACAACAGACACACACAAGCGGUCGGAUCUUGUGUUGUGUGGAAAUCUUUGGGCUUCAAUCUGCAAUUUCCCCAUUCCGUGUAAUUGCACUGUGACAUGAGCAAGAGGGAUCGACUAUAAAUUCAUUUCCUCCGGCCACCCUUCCCACCUCCGCCCCCCGGGUUGGCUCAUUGCGAACGCAUUUCGCACGUGAGCGAAAUCCACAAUGAUGCCACCCUGCAAGGGGGUUUCAAUUUUGCGGAAGACACCAUAAACUCUCAGGGCCACGAUGAGGCUCUCGAGUGUCUCCUAGAGAAGCUCCUGAUGAGAGCAGGUGAUAUGGCUAGGGGUGGAAAUUUCAUGAAUAGCGAAGUUGAGGCACAAAGUUCAUAAUACGAAAAAUUUAUUGUUUAUUUUUAUUGCACAACAACAGAGGGGACGAAUCAUAAAUAAACGCAAUCAAGAUGCUCCUGUUUGGGCUGAAUAAGUGAAGUUCUUUGUCACUGUCGACAAUUCGAUGCUUGAUUGAGUUUCAUUUUAUUACAUUUUCGGUACAUCUUGUAACAAGAGACAGAAGAGAGAGGAGAGAUAUUUCCCCAGAGGCGAUGAAAAUUGGUGGAUAUUCUCUGGCCUGGGCUGCGAAAGACAAAUGGCAGAAGGGUCGUCCACCCUCUCAGUUCGGUUUCCUCUUUUCGUCCCUCGUUGAACUCCUUUCCUCUGACUCACAGGUCCGCGCGCUGGAUGAGCUGCACCUGCCUCGCUGGUAAUUAAAAAAGGCACUCAGGAAGUUGAUUAAUCGACUAGAAGUAAAAUGUGAUCUCGCCAUCGCAUGUGUAGUGAAGUGUUUGUCUCGUGAACAGUGGGGUGCGGAUCAUGAACCCUCAGUGAAGUGGAUCUGAAGUGCUCUCUCAGGAACAAUGGCUGCCAAUAAUAUCGUGUGCGAGUGGCUGAAGGCCCUGGGCCUGUCCCAGUACUCCGAGGGCUUCCUCGAUAACGGGUACGACGACCUGGAGAUCUGCAAGCAGAUCGGCGAUCCCGAUCUCGAUGCCAUCGGCGUGCAGAUCACGGAUCAUCGCCACAAGCUACUCAAGUCGAUCCGGCAGCUGCGCGAGAAGGGAGCCACGAAUCUGUACUUUGUGCUCAGCGAACCGAAUGGGCUGUCUGGCAGCAGGGAGAUCCUCGAGGGCAGGGACACCCCACCGCCCAAUGACAUUGCAUCCCUUGUUCGCGAGCAGCUGAACGCUGACUCAAUCCGAUUGACUUCACAUCCAUAUUCCACACCGGACGGCGGCCGGGGUCACUUGGAGGGACUGGCAUCGGUGUACUGUGAGUUGCUGGGGGCGCCCUUUGAGGAGGUUCUGGUGUCUCUGGAGAACGAACGAGUGGCGGCAUGGGCGAACAUCAGUCCGCGGCGGAACAGCAUGAAACGCGGCCACCAGGGCAGUCCCGGCUCCAGCGGCCUGCCCAACAGUCACAGCCAGCCCAUCUACGUGCCUGGGAAGUACUCUCCUUCGAGUUGUCUAUCGGAUAAGGAGGAGGACGAAAUUUAUGGGUUCGGCUAUGGUGUCUAUGCUCAAAAAGUGGCACGACGGCCACUCAAUUCUCACAACAACUCGCCUCAGCACCUCCAGGCGCCGCAGCCCAUCUACGGCACCAGCAACCCGACGCCCCUCAACACAGCUGCCCAACUCUAUUGUGAUAUACCUCCAUCAGAAAAUGCUGAGAAGAAGAAGAAAAUGACUCUCGGGAGGCUCCUCAAAGGACUGAAGACGGUGAAGAGGCGGGAAAAGGCCACUCUGCAGAAUGGCACAAUUCACCAGCUACGAAAUCCCGCCACAGAUCGAAUGCGACAAUUCCAAUUGAACGGGCGGACGCAUUUGGGCUUCGAGCAAACAAUCCAGCGACUCAAAGUGGAGGACGCCCUGAGGAAGAGGGAGAAGUACCAGCGAGAGCAUGAGGAGAUUCUGCGCGACAUCCAGCGAGGACUCCAGCAAAUGAGUAGAAACGGCCAUCCAGGUAAUUUAUUUCGCCUCCCUGCCCAUUAUUAUUCAAUCAGCGAAGGAACAAUAUUGGACUGUAUUUGAUGUGAAGCGUGGCGUGAAAAAACGGAAGAGAAAGAAGUCUUAAUUGCUAUGCAAAUUCCUUCUCGUGUUUUCACUUGAGUGGCAAAAAUAAAUUGUU